GUGACGUCUGCUGUUGUACCAGUAGUGUGUGCGCAGCACGGAGUUGUCGCUGCGGCUGUUUGGCGGAAUAACUUCUUCAAACAACCACAUGAACCGGUUCCCGGUUGUUGCGCCGCGCUUUGCUGUGGCUCACCGCGUCAGAGCAGCAACAACAGAGAUGUAAAAGCAAGUUCGCGUCUUCCUCUUGACAUGCUUCUGACAUAGCGAGGAGCCAACAAGUGACAGAGGCUAGGCAGAGGAAGAUGGAGGUCCAGGGUGUAGUUCAGCAGGCAGAGCCCCGUUCCAUGGUCUCACCUCAGUCAGGGGCCAAUCAGCAGAUUGAGCUGGAUGACAGACAGAUGGAUGCUGGGGGCAGCCCUUCCUCUGACAACCACAGUAGGGACAUGCAGCCAGCGAGCCAGAGAGACGACAAAAAACCCAGUGCUGCGGUGAGAGGUUACCACAGCAGUAAGGCCUCGGCCAUGAGCUCCAGCGUCUGCUCCGGUUGGACCCCUGGUAGCGGUGUGGGCCAAGGAGCUUGGAGUAGCCCCUCCAUCACCCAUGCAAGCGUGCCACAACAACACCCACAUCACCACCAUCAGUCCACGCUCACAAGCUACACCUACUGCCCCGCCCAUACAACUCAGCCCUAUGCUCCACCCCCUCAUCCAAUGGCUCCUCCCAGCCCCAGCACCAACAGCUGCAGCCAGGGAGGGGCGGAGCAGCUGAGUAAGACCAACCUUUAUAUCAGAGGCCUACCACCUGGCACCACCGACCAGGACCUCAUCAAACUCUGCCAACCAUAUGGAAAAAUAGUGUCAACCAAGGCCAUUCUGGACAAGAACACCAACCAGUGCAAAGGGUAUGGCUUUGUGGAUUUUGACAGCCCAGCUGCAGCACAGAAGGCCGUGUCAUCUCUCAAAGCCACCGGGGUGCAGGCCCAAAUGGCCAAGGCCCUGCAGCAACAAGAGCAAGACCCCACCAACCUGUACAUCUCCAACCUGCCGGUGUCUAUGGACGAGCAGGAGCUGGAGAACAUGCUGAAACCUCUGGGUCACGUCAUCUCCACGAGGAUACUGAGGGAUGCCAACGGGGUCAGCAGAGGAGUCGGUUUCGCCAGGAUGGAGUCCACAGAGAAAUGUGAAGUAGUGAUACAGCAUUUCAACGGAAAAUACCUGAAAACCCCGCCCGGCAUCCCAGCUCCCACAGAGCCUUUGCUGUGCAAAUUUGCCGACGGAGGGCAGAAGAAACGCCAGAGCCAGAGCAAGUACCCUCAGAACGGGAGGCCGUGGCACAGAGAAGGCGAGACCGGCAUGGCGUUAACAUAUGAUCCCUCUGCAAUGCAGAAUGGGUUCUACUCCUCGCCUUACAGCAUCGCCACCAACCGCAUGAUCGCACAGACCUCCAUCACGCCCUUCAUCGCUGCUUCCCCCGUUUCCACAUAUCAGGUCCAGAGUACGUCAUGGAUGCCUCAUCAACAAUAUGUUAUGCAACCAGGGGCAGUGAUCACGCCAGCCAUGGACCACACUAUGUCCAUGCAGCCUGCCAGUAUGAUGGGCCCUCUUACCCAGCAGAUGAACCAUCUGUCCAUGGGCACCACAGGAAGUUACAUGACUGCUGCAGCCGCCGCGGCGCCUAUGCAAGGGACCUACAUUCCCCAGUACACUCCUGUGCCUCCAACAGCCGUCCCUGUCGAAGGAGUGGUGACGGACGCCUCCCCCCAGACAGUGGCUCCCUCAUCACAGGAGGUGAGUGGCCAGCAGCAACAGAUCCAGGUGGACGGCGCUGCCGACCACGUUCCUGCUUACUCAUACCAGUCCAAAUAGCAACGGCCUGAGCGAAUGUUCCUGUGACAGCGUUGCCUUGAGACAGAAGGUGGCUGCACUGUGAAUGUGAGGAAAAGAGAAUAGAAUGAGAUUGCUUCCAGAUUGCCCAGGCACCAAAAAAAAAAAGAGACAAUUUUUUCAUUUCCUACCUGGCCUACGAGAAAAAAGAAAAAAGAAAAACACACACACACACACACACACAUACGGGAGAAGGAGGCAAAGAAUGCUGAGCAAGGAGAUGGGAGAAAA